GGUAGUAUUCCAGCCUAUGUUGCUUGGAAAGGGAAUACACUAUCGCUGGAGAAUAGACUGUUCCACCCACUUGCCAUAUCCUUCAUUCCGCCUGUCAUAAACCAGUCAAGCAGGCAGUACCAGACAGUCCCUCCUUGCUAAAGAACUCCUGUCUGUGUCUAAGAGACAGGGCAGGUAUGGGACUGUAAGCUUCUAGACUUACCAUCCACAUUCAUAGCUGUGAGCCUCGGCAGGUUGUCACGAGCAGUCCAGGAUGGGCAGACUUGUGCUGUGUCUCAGUGUGGUGGUCCUAGCCUGGGUCACAGUCGUCUCAGGCCAGGCGCGCUCCCCCUGCCCAGCAGGCUGCCGCUGUAAUGUCCCAAACCAGAUUGUGGACUGCAGCGGGGACCAGCAGAUGGCCCUGGUUCCCAGCGCACAGAUUCCCAUCGGCACGCGGGAGCUGUACCUCAACCGCACCAAAAUCACCAACCUCAUCCGCAACCAGUUUGCCAACCUGGUGGCCAUGUCUGUGCUGGACCUGAGUUAUAACCAGCUGUACUUCAUUGACGCUGGAGCGUUUUUCGGCCUGGGUAACCUGCAGGAACUGUCCCUACAGUUUAACAACCUGACGGCCAUCCCACCCAUGUUCCUGCCCCGACUCGCCAAACUCAAGCUGUACAACAACCACCUGGUGAACAUCACAGCUGGGGCAUUCCGCGACCUCAGCGGUCUGACCCACCUGUACCUGUCCUCCAUCCCCACCCUCCAAAUGCUGCACGACAACGCCUUCCAAGGGCUCAACAACCUCGUCCUGCUCUCCAUCAGGAAAAACAACCUGAAGAAGAUUCCAACCCUUCAGGACAUCCCUAACAUCGUGACUCUUGACCUCUCAGUGAACAACUUCACCACCAUCAAGAACACGACUUUCAGGACCCUGAACAAACUGAAGGAGCUGAAGUUGGGGAGCUGCAACAUCCAGAGCAUCGAAGCUGGAACCUUUGCUGACAACUAUGCCCUGGAGAAACUUGAUCUCACCAACAACAAGUUGGAAACACUCCCAGAGAACCUGUUUUUCCCAUUUGAGCCCUCCCACGCCCUCGAUGAGGGUCUGAACAUUGCAUUAUGGGAGAAUCCGUGGCUGUGUGACUGUAACUUGCAGUGGCUGACGGACUCGAUUGAACGUAUCGGGGCCUUUGAUCCCGUUACUUACAUCCCGCUAGUCUGUGAUGCCCCUCGCCACUUCAAAGGCAAGUUCCUGGAGGAGAUUCCCAAGAACCAGCUGGAGUGUGGAGUCUUCAUCACCAGUGCAGUGGACCAGUCCCAGGUGGUCCAGUUUGGAGGAAGUUUAGUCAUAGAUAUCAAUGCUGAAGGGAAGCCCCAGCCGAUAGUGAGGUGGGCAACUCCAACCGGCAUCAUCAUCACAGCAGGUCAGACCAUUAAGGGGGUGAGUGUGAGCAGGACGGGAAAACUGACAGUUGCGAAGAUCGACGCCUCCCAUCAUGGCACCUGGCAAUGCCGGGCAGACAAUGUUAAAGGACAGUACGAUAUUGUACCGUUCAAGAUCGUGGUGACUGACAUCCCCAAGCCUACAACUCGCCCCCCUCCUGUGGUGGUCGUCCCACCCAAGAAGCCGGCUGCCAAGCCGGCCACCAAAGCACCACCACCCAAACGCCCCGCCCCCACCAAACGUCCGGCUGCCAAGCCCAAGCCUGCCACAACUCCACCCAAGACUGCCACCGGCGGCAAAACUGGAGCCAAGGGAGAAGGGACAGGAGGCAUCGUCAUCGACCCAGGGAGCAUCAACAUCAAGUGGCACGACGAGUAUGACUACGAUGACUACUACAACCAUGAGUACAACCUGGAAGAGCUGCUGGGGGGCAUUUUUGGCAUGUUCAUCUUCAUGCUGGUCAUCCUGUUCAUCAUCAUCUGUCUGAUGAGGAUCUCCUUCAGGGCCAGUGCCAGUGUGGCAGUGUGACAGGAAUACAUGCAUAACUUCUCUGUCUUUCUUCAUGGUGCUCUUGUCUGUAGCACAGAUUUACUCCUGUAAAGUUAACACUUCAAGUGGGACCUGAGAAUAGGAUACAAUACAUGUACAUGAAAAAUAUCGAAAUUAGUGGUUUCUAUGGAAAUGGAAACAUGUGAGCUGACAUUAAGUUCAUAGUAUAUUUGAACACUGUGAGAAAGCUCAAAGUACCAGUGAUAUGACACCACCACAUGAAAGUGACAACUACGGGCAGUACCCAUGUAUGGUUACUUCGACACUUUUGACAGACUGCUUGAGACUAGAAACCUGAGUUCUAUUGUAACUGUUGAAGACACAAGUAUAUACUGCACAGCUGGACCACAAAGUCUUUGUUACACAAAAAUUAGAUUUAAGUUUACUUUACUAGUCCACUAUAUAUAUAAUGAUUGGAUUUAAAGGUAACAGCAAAUGGCAGGAAACUUUGUUAAAUUUAGUAGAAAUUGUAAACUGAUAGAUAUUAGAAACUUGCAAUUUGAGGUCAGUAGAAGGCAAUAGUAUUAUUAGCAAUAGUAGCACAGUAGUAGUAGGUGUUAAGAGACAUGAUCCAGACAUCAUACACCAGCACACUGGUAACUUAAAUACAAGUAACAACUAUGAAUGUAUAUUCUGUGGUCUGUAAUCAACAGCAGAAAGGAGUGCAAGAGCUUAGGCCUGUUUCUGGAAAAACAAACUGGGCAUGCAUGACUUGACUUUUACAGCAAGCUGAGCUGGUAUCUCUUUAUAUCUGAUUCUGUUUCUAAUUUCCAUGUGUAAAUAUUGUGGAAUGUUGGAUUCAUUGAUAAUAAAAGGUGA